AUGAUCAGUGUACGCUUUUUCGAAAGGUGCCAAUUUCUAGACACAGGAAAAGCUGUCGUGCAGUCUGUUCAAGUGGUGAAAAGUACGGGAGAGGACAAUACCUGUUAUACCUCUCCUUCCAGUGAUUCUGCUCCCAAGAAGGAGUCUUCGGUUGAAUCAAAAAUGAUCGACGACAAGAAGUUUUUCGACUUUGUAUUAGAUUCAAAAGAAUACAAGGAGAACCAGGCUGAUGCGCGUGGCUUUAUUAAUGGAAUCCGUAACUACAAGAGAGAGUUGUCGCAUAUGUGUGCGGAGUAUUCGUCUCUUUUUGAACAUGUAAAUUAUCUGUUCUCGAUUGGUAGAAAGAAUUAA